GUUUUGUGGUUAUUGAAACGGGUAGUACUUUGUUUUGUAGUCACCAUGCAAGCCCAGAAAGAAGCUCCUGCUGAUAUGCAAUGCAAAGACAAGUUCCUCCUUCAGAGUGUUAAAACCUUUGAUGGCGCAACCGCAAAGGAUAUCAAUGCAGAAAUGUUCAACAAGGAGGCUGGGCAUGUGGUUGAGGAAUGCAAAUUGAAAGUCGUUUAUUGUCCUCCAGCUCAGCCACCAUCUCCAGUACCAGAAGGUUCUGAAGAAGGAUCCUCUCCAAGAGGUUCCAUUUCAGAGAAUGGAAACUUUAAUGAUACCGAAUUAAACACUGUGAGUAAUCGGGUGUUGGGUUUUCUUUUCCCUUUUCUUUCAUCUGC